GCACUGUUUCUCCUGCCUCCGUUUGUCUAAUUGGCCCAGACGCCCCACCAGCGCGAGGCUGCCCCAGAGCUCCUCGCUGGCCACCCCCGCGGCCCGCAGCUCGGUAGAGGCGGGAAAGCAGCGCGCCUGCGCCGUGGGAACCGGGGCCGGAGGCGAAAAGCGGGGAGCGGAGGGGGGCCGUUGGAGCCUAGUAGCGUACAGAGCGGCGUGUGACGCGGGGACGCCGCGCGCUCCCAACGUCGCCCCGGUUUGACGCACACGGCACCAAACUGUCUGAUUCCCUGGCCUUUGUGUCCCUGGGAGCUUAAUCUCUGCCAGAGGAAAGCAGGUGUGCUCCACUUCUCCCGUGAACCUGAAGAUGAGUUGUCCCAGACCCUUCUCAGUGAUUGGAAACUUAGGUGGUGGAGCUAAAGGUUUCUUGUUACCAGACUUCCACAGACGACUCUCGUGUUGGGAUCCAUCCGUGGUUUAGCAACAUUAGUGGAAAACUUUUCCUGAACUGUUGAAGUGAUAUUGACAUAAUUUUAGUUGUUAUAAAACUUUUAUGUUUAGACUUCAGCUUUUGUGUGGUCAUUAAGAAGUACUCAACGAGGGGAUAAACACAACCCGGGGUCUGAAUGAUGGUCCUGUUUUGUAUACAAGUUAAAAAGUUCAACAGAAAUGCCAAAACACCAUCAUCUCUUCUGGCCAUUCCUGACUAAUGCCAGGCUUGUUGCAUCUGGAUGACAGAUUAGAUUUGCCUUAAUAGUAUAUUGCCUCUCUGCAGUAGUUUAGGUACAUUUUUUGGUCCUACGAGAAGGAAAGCAUUUCAAAAAACGUAGACAACUCAAGUUACUCAAAGGAAGGAUUCCUGCUGUUUGCCUUCAGUGCCAUGUGUUUGAUUUAAUUGCGAAUGAGAUUGUUCUUGCAGCGAGAUGUUAAUAAGACAAAAUCUAGACUAAAUGUGUUAAAUGGGCUUGCCAACAAUAUGGAUGAUUUGAAGAUAAACACCGAUAUUACUGGUGCUAAAGAAGAACUCCGAGAUGACAACAAUUUUAUCUCAGACAAAGAGAGUGGAGUUCAUAAACCAAAAGAUUGUCAAACAUCAUUUCAGAAAAAUCAUAUGUUCACUCUGCCUGAAGAGCUGUCAAAGGACAAAUCUGAAAAAGCCUUAAGUGGAGGCCAGUCUACUCUAUUUAUACAUGCUGGUGCUCCUACUGUUUCCAGUGAAAACUUUAUCUUGCCUAAAGGAGCUGCUGUUAAUGGACCAGUUUCACACUCCUCCUUAACUAAGACUUCCAAUAUGAAUAAAGGCAGUGUUUCAUUAACCACUGGACAGCCUGUGGAUCAGCCAACAACAGAAUCUUGUUCAACUUUGAAGGUGGCAGCUGAUCUUCAGCUAUCUACACCACAGAAAGCAAGUCAAAGUCAACACCAAGUUUUAUUUUUGUUAUCAGAUGUAGCACAUGCUAAGAAUCCAACCCAUUCCAUUAAAAAACUACCUACCUCUGCUUCAGUUGGUUGUGACAUUCAAAAUUCAGUAGGGAACAGUAUGAAGUCAGAUAGCACUUUAAAAAAUCAAGUAGAGGUGGGUGAGGAUAGUGAAGAUUUAUUGGUAAAAGAUGAUUGUGUCAAUACAUUAACAGGAAUUUCCUCAGGUACAGAUAAAUUUAGAUCAGAAAAUGAUACAAACUGGGAUCCCCAAAAAGAGUUUAUUCAGUUUCUUAUGACUAAUGAAGACACAGUGGAUAAAACUCCAGUUCACUCUAAAGUAGGUCUAGAAAAAAAGAGAAAGCGAAAAAUGGAUGUGAGCAAGAUAACUCGUUAUACUGAGGAUUGCUUUAGUGAUUCUAAUUGUAUACCCAAUAAGUCAAAAAUGCUAGAAGUAGACUUUCUGGAACAGAAUGAAGAACUACAAGCAAUAGACUCACAGAAAUAUGCAUUAUCAAAAGUGAAGCCUGAAUCAACUGAUGAAGACUUGGAAUCUGUGGAUGCUUUUCAACAUCUAAUUUAUAACCCAGAUAAGUGUGGAGAAGACAGUUCACCUGUUCAUACUAGCACUUUUCUUUCAAAUACCUUAAAAAAGAAAUGUGAAGAAAGUGAUUCCGAGUCACCUGCUACUUUCAGCACCGAAGAGCCAUCAUUCUACCCCUGUACAAAGUGCAAUGUGAAUUUUAGGGAGAAAAAGCACCUCCACAGGCAUAUGAUGUAUCAUUUAGAUGGGAAUAGUCACUUUCGCCAUCUUAAUGUCCCAAGGCCAUAUGCUUGUAGAGAAUGUGGACGGACAUUUCGAGACCGUAACUCACUUCUAAAGCAUAUGAUUAUCCACCAAGAAAGAAGACAGAAGUUGAUGGAGGAAAUUCGUGAAUUGAAAGAACUUCAGGAUGAAGGAAGAAGUGCACGAUUACAGUGUCCUCAGUGUGUGUUUGGUACCAAUUGCCCUAAAACAUUUGUGCAGCAUGCUAAAACCCAUGAAAAAGAUAAAAGGUACUACUGCUGUGAAGAGUGUAACUUCAUGGCAGUGACAGAAAAUGAAUUGGAAUGCCAUCGAGGCAUUGCCCAUGGAGCAGUGGUAAAAUGCCCUAUUGUCAGUUCUGAUGUAGCCCAGAGAAAAACGCAAAAAAAGACUUUCAUGAAAGACUCUGUUAUAGGAUCGUCCAAAAAAUCAGCUACCUACAUAUGUAAGAUGUGUCCUUUUACUACUUCAGCCAGAAGUAUUUUAAAAAAACACAUGGAGUACUUGCAUUCAUCAUCAUGCGUUGAUUCAUUUGGUAGCCCUCUUGGACUUGAUAAAAGAAAAAGUGACAUCCUUGAAGAAUCUGUAGAUAUGGAUAGCACUAAACCAUUAAUUAAACAACAGUCAACCACAUUUCCAAAGAACUCUGCUUUAAAACAAGAUGUAAAGCGAACAUUUGGAUCAUCUUCGCAACCAAGUAAUUUUUCAAAAUUCCAUAAGCGGCCACACAGAAUACAAAAAGCUCGGAAAAGCAUUGCCCAGUCAGGUAUAAACAUGUGCAAUCAAAACAAUUCUCCUCACAAGACUGUUGUGAUUAAAAGCAGCAUUGACCAAAAACCUAAGUAUUUCCAUCAAGCAGCAAAAGAAAAAUCAAAUGCCAAGGCAAAUAGCAACUAUUUAUAUAGACACAAAUAUGAAAACUACAGGAUGAUCAAAAAAUCAGGUGAAUCGUAUCCUCUGCAUUUCAAAAAAGAAGAGAGUAGUUCAUUAAAUUCUUUACAUCUGUUUUCAUCAUCAAGUAAUUCUCACAACAGUAGUUUUAUUUCAGACCCUCAUAACUCUGACACCAAAAGGCCAGAAAGCUUCAAAGACCACAGACGUGUAGCUGUAAAGAGAGUAGUUAAGGAAUCUAAGAAGGGAAGUUCUGUUGGAGGAGAAGAGUUGGAUAGCUAUCCAGAUUUCUUGCAUAAAAUGACUGUUGUUGUUUUACAGAAACUUAAUUCUGCUGAAAAGAAAGAUAGCUAUGAAACAGAAGAUGAAAGUUCCUGGGAUAAUGUUGAGCUAGGUGACUAUACUACACAGGCUAUAGAAGAUGAAACCUAUAAUGAUAUUAAUCAAGAACAUGUAAACUUAUUCCCUCUGUUUAAAAGCAGGAUAGAAGGCCAAGAUCCUGGGGAAAGUGCUACCCUAGGUUAUGAUCAAAACGAUGGCUUUUAUUUUGAAUAUUAUGAAGAUGCUGGAACUAAUAACUUUUUACAUGAGAUACAUGAUCCUCAGCGUUUAGAAAAUGCGGAAACUUCAUUGUCAAAACAUAGUUCUGUUUUUCAUUGGACUGAUUUGUCUCUUGAGAAGAAAUCAUGUCCUUACUGCCCAGCAACAUUUGAAACAGGGGUUGGGUUGUCAAACCAUGUCCGGGGACAUCUUCACAGAGCAGGAUUAAGCUAUGAAGCCCGUCAUGUUGUAUCGCCAGAACAAAUAGCCACAAGUGACAAAAUGCAGCAUUUCAAAAGAACUGGCGCAGGGACACCUGUUAAACGAGUUAGAAAAGCUAUAGAGAAGUCUGAAACCACUUCUGAACAUACUUGUCAGCUCUGUGGUGGUUGGUUUGAUACUAAAAUUGGAUUAUCAAAUCAUGUUAGAGGCCACCUGAAAAGACUUGGAAAGACCAAAUGGGAUGCUCACAAAUCUCCAAUCUGUGUUCUGAAUGAGAUGAUGCAAAAUGAAGAAAAAUAUGAAAAAAUCUUAAAGGCAUUGAACAGUCGACGUAUUAUUCCCAGACCAUUUGUAGCUCAAAAACUUGCAUCAAGUGAUGACUUUCUAUCUCAAAAUGUUAUACCUCUUGAAGCAUACCGUAAUGGCCUAAAGACUGAAGCUUUAUCAGUGUCUGCGUCAGAGGAAGAAGGGCUGAGUUUCUUAAAUGAAUAUGAUGAAACAAAACCAGAACUGCCCAGUGGAAAAAAGAAUCAGUCUCUUACACUGAUAGAACUGCUUAAAAAUAAAAGGAUGGGAGAAGAAAGGAAUUCUGCUAUUUCUCCUCAAAAGAUUCAUAAUCAAACUGCAAGAAAGAGAUUUGUUCAGAAAUGUGUUCUUCCAUUAAAUGAAGAUAGUCCGUUGAUGUAUCAACCACAAAAAAUGGACUUGACUAUGCACUCAGCCUUAGAUUGUAAGCAAAAGAAAUCAAGGUCAAGAUCUGGAAGCAAGAAGAAAAUGCUAACAUUACCUCAUGGUGCUGACGAGGUUUACAUUCUCCGAUGCAGGUUUUGUGGCCUAGUCUUUCGUGGACCGUUGUCUGUUCAGGAAGACUGGAUUAAGCACUUACAACGACACAUUGUAAACGCUAAUCUUCCAAGGACUGGAGCUGGCAUGGUGGAAGUCACGUCACUACUUAAAAAGCCUGCCUCCAUUACAGAAACUUCAAUUUCUCUACUAAUGGCAGAAGCAGCUUCAUAGAACAAGGAAACUUUUUAAAUAGCAAAUUUGAAUUGGAUGUAAAUUUGAAAUUCUUUGUCUUUUUUUUUUAAAGCCACAUUAAAUUAUCCAUUUAUAAAUACUAAAGCAGGAAAAUGGGGAAAAGUGAAUUACAGUGACAUCAGAGCAAAUUGAGUACUUCAAACAGUAAGUAGUCUAUAUAUUUUAUAUAGGGUGGAAGAUGUGUUUUUAAGGUUUACUAAGUUUUGUCAAUGAACUGUAUUCACUCAAUAAAAGAUCAGUACAUGUAAGCAGUCAUUAAUAAACUGUUGCACAUGGAUACUUAAAGACAGACUUAUUGGAAAAUUAUGUUUUCUGCAGUGUUACCAGAAUCAAGGUUCUGUUUAUUCCCCAUAAGACUUGCAUUGAAAAAUAAGAUAUUAUAUUUUGUUUGUAUGUACUUAGUGUUUUGUAUAAUACCAGGAACUGCUAACUAAAUUUACUCAACUUAGGGCAUUAAAUAUCAUGUACUUCAUAGUUUGAGACUGUUCACUCAAAUAGGGCAGAGUACUAUUCUAUCUAGAUGUGUAAGUGUUUUUUUAAAAUCACAUGGAACGGUUUUUUUUAUACUAAAAAGUGGAGGGAGAUUUGUUUAAACAAGUAUUUCUAAAAGAAAUAUGUACAUAGUCCUGGAAAUUAUUUGUGGUAAGGAAAUAUUCUUUACUCCAGUUGCAUUUCUCAGACAAUAAAGUGGUGCGUCCAUGCUACCUCCUACUUUGUCAACAAAGAUGCUAUUUACCCUUUACAUUUUUGUAUCAUAAUAGAUUUAAAAAUCUAAUGUUCUUUAUUGCAAGACAUCCUUUUGUUAACAGAUUUGUUUCUUUUUAAUGUUUUACCUAAAAUUUGACAUGCUUACAGGACAGGUUUGCCUCUUACUUUAUUUAACAUUGUAGAAAUGUAAUUAAUAAACAGUGCUCACUACACAAUUUAGAAUAGGCUUCCUCAUUUAUAUUCUCUUCCAAAUUUGAUCAGUUAGCAAAACUUAAUACACCAAUUGAAAUAUUUCUACAUAUGAUGAGAAUGUUUACAAUUUAAAUUUUAGAACUUGUUUUGGAUGUGAUUAUAUGUACGAAAAUCGUGUAACACUAUGCUCAUGCUAAGAACCGACAUAACGGAAUUACUGAAAUAAAUGUGCUGUGAGGAAUGGAAAA